CAUCGUAGACGAAUACGAGCGGAUGGCGAUGUCAGCAUCGUUGUCGGGAGGAGCAACUGGAGGUGGGGCGUCGUCUUCGAGGCUGAGGGCUUUGAGAGCAGAACGGCUAGUAGCUUUGCGAAAACUCAAGCGAUCGACGAGGAAAUUGUUAUCUGGAGAUGCAGCAGUGAUUGUGUCCGACAUUCGAAGGGAGAAAGAAGCCUUGAGACAACGAAGACGAGAAUUGAGAGCAGAGGUUACGAAAUUGGAGAAGAGGAAGUACUAUUUUUGUUCUAUAAUGAUCCACGCACGUAGGCGUUUGCUUGCACAUACAACAUAGGUGUCGUCACAACAUCUUCAAGAAACAUACGACGUCAUAAACGACCAGAACCAUGAACAUGAUCUUUCUACCUUCUUAUAGAUACUUUCCCUUGUCCACCAGGUGGACUCCACCUUCAUGCUUCUUGCGUCGACUACAACUUCUAGAACUCCUUCGUCACAAAAAAGAAUUCUAGAGCAAGAAUCGAUCUGAAUGCCAAUCGCACCUUUUCUUCCUCAGGUUCCCCUCUCUGCACGAACGGCAACUUGCAAUCAACCAUCUGAUCAAUGCGGCGAACUCCACUAGCUACCUUGGCCAAGCAGGCUCCUUCAACCUCACAGCUUUGAAGGAGCCAGACUGUGGAGACGAGCCUGAGGACGUGUGCGCCUGCAACGUCGCGAUUGAUGGCGACCAUUGCGUUGGAGGCAUCAUGUUGUCGCAUCACUUGGCGUCGACGGUUGGAGCAGAUGGACGCACAACUUCCGCAGGAGCCGCACCCACCCUCGCG